CGUUCCGGGACGUUGUUACUGACGCUCCGCGGUCGCCGGGGCCGCCGGCGCGGAGCCGCGGGGGGAACCCGGCCGGAUUCUAAAAAUGGAAUGGGGAGGAGAGUAUUCUUUUGAUUCUUCCAAUUUAGACUGUUUGUUAGAUGUCCUCCCUGGAGAAUUGGAAUUUAGACAAAUCCUUAGUGAUCUUGAUGAAAAAAUAAAGAAGAACUCUUCCAGCAUAGAAAAGUGUCUUAAGGAUCUGCAAUUGGACAUAAAUGAAAUCUGUACUGACGAAGUACUACAAAGCACAACUGACUGCAUUCAGUGGCUAAAUAACUGCAAUUUUAGUUCUCUGAGACCUCCUUCUACAGACCAUGGAGAGCUGCUGGAGUUCCUUAAGACCUUGCAAAGCUUGUUGAAGAAUGAGAAGAAUCAAGAAGAAAUGGUACUUCACUUCCUUCUGGAUCUGUCUAGUCAGUGUGGUGUCUCAUUUCCCUGUACUGCAAGUGGGACGUCUUUUGAGAUAACAUCCUCGCUUCAUACAAUUCAGGAUGAUUCAGCUGUGGAUGUGAAAUCUCUUUGGGACGAUGUGAGAUUGCAUCUUCGACAAUUUUUAGUAAAUAAACUGCAAAGUCAAGAAGAAACAAACACUAAUGCUUCUCAACAACAAAUGGAGUUUAAAACUCAGUGUGUGCAGCAGCUUUUGUUUCUUUAUCCCAAACCAGAAGUCUUAAUGAGGUAUCAAAAUAUGCAGAAUAAACUGGUUAGUGAUCUUCUACAAAACUGUAUUUUGUCUAGUUGGGGUGAAACAAAUUUUGAUAAGGUGGUUCAUGGUUACCAAAGUUCCAUACCCAGAUUGUGCACAAUGAUAAAAGAGGAUUUGUAUAUAUUAAGUGGGACAAUUGGUCCAUCUUCGUCAUUAAAGUUUAUUAAUGAAACUUACCUGGAUACCAUCACUGAAGAAAUGACAGUUCUUCUUGAAAGACUUUGUGAACUGCAGUUCAAAGAAAAUGCUCUACACAUAGUUAAAGCAAACAAGAUUUCAAAGAAGCAUGGAGGAAGAGUUCACGCUGUGGCCUCCCAGGAAUACCACAGGAAAGGACGGAACUUCUGCUUAACCUUAUAUCAACUCAAAUGUCUUUCUCAACUUAUCAAACUCUUCUUAUUAAUGGAGGAAAAAAUUGAAGAGCUCUCUACAGAAUUUCUGCUGCUGCCUUCAUUUACAGAGAGGAAUAAGAAUGUUCAAGGAGUUCUGAAGAGAGCUAGUGGGGAGCUUUUAAUAGGAGAAACUAGAGCAAAUGAAACCAGCGUGCUUCCUGAGCAGUUACUUCAGGUAGAAGAGCCUAUUUUGCUGAGUUUUGGCUGGAGAAAUGCAUUUAAAGACCUGUCUUCUUCUGUGGCUCACUGUAUAACAAUAGCAAUUGAGGAUUUUUCAUCUAAAAUUCUUCAACAUGAGCAGAAAGAAGAGUUUUCAGCUGCAGGCUGUGCAAUGAGUCUUGUAAACAACCAGCAAAUGAGGGAGUCCUGCAGAGCAGUCCAACAGGAGGAGCAACCAAAACGAAUUGCUAAGUUUUGUUCUGACAUCAUGGAAGAACUCGACACAUUGCUUCCAUUGGCUCUGGCCUGCAGAGAUGAUUCUCUACAGGAAAUUAGAGCAAACUUUGUAGAGGCCUGCAGCAAAGUGGCAACGGCUGUUCUGGCAAGACUAGAGGAGAAAAGCAAAGAUGUUCCCUUGAAGGCUCCCCUGCAAGACUUGUAUGCUGCCCUUUCCACGGCAAUAUAUGUCUUUCAGCAUUUUACAAUGUACAGCAAUUUAAUGAGAGAAACAAGCAAAAAACCCCUCUUCCUAGUGCCUAUCCAAAAAUGUCAGGAAUUUAUCAACACUCUCCAGUUUCAAGUUACAAACUACUGCAUCAGAGUUUGUGCUACGAGCAUUUUGCAGGAUGCUGAGAGCCACUGCUGGGAUGACUACAAAGCUUUUUACGAGGGGGAAAGAUGCUCAUUCUCUGUCCAGAUGUGGCAUUACUUCUGCUGUGCUCUUCAUCAUGAUCUAUGGACUAUUCUACCUCCAAAGACAGCCCAGGAGAUUCUUACAGAUGUACUAGAGCGAUCUUUGGAUAUGCUAUGCUCCAGAUAUUGUCAGGUGUGUCCCAGCUACAAAAGAACACCACAAAUCAGAGUUGAUAUUGCAGCAAUUUUGAUGUCCACUGAAGAUAUGCUCUGGUCAAUUUGUAGUUCUGUGCAGGAGUUUCUGAAUCCACACAAAGACAGAAAUCUCAAGAUCUAUAAAAUACAUAGCCACUGCAAUAGUCUGAUAUCCGUGCUGGCUAUUUUAACUUCACCAUUGAAGAAUUUGUAUGAGACAUUUGUGGAUAAUUCUGAUGAACAUCUUCCUCAAGAUUUUUCAGAAGUCUUUUAUCAUCCAUUACACUGGUUAUUUUGCAUACCGUCAUCCUGUUUUUUCUUUCAAAAGACUUCGUCAGCCAGAGAAAUGGCAUCCCAAGGUCUGCUGAAGCUGCUCUUAUCCCAGCCAUACUGUAAUUUGAACUUGCUUUUGGAAACAUUGCUACACCAUGAUUGUUUCUUAGUGAAAAUUUUGUUGAGAAGCUCAAGUAAUCAAGCAUUAAAUUGUGGUGAACAAAGUUCUCUCUUGGAACAGGAAAAUAACAAAGAGCCUACUCUGAUUGAAACAAUCUUCACAGUAUUGUCUUACUGCACUUUAUCACCCAAAUCUCUUGGCAUUGCUUUUGAGUCCUACAUGGAAAAAGAGCUGCUGUGGAACUGCUUAUACAAUAUGACAGUUUCCAGUUGUGGUGAGUCGGAGCCUGAAGUUGUCAGAUGCUUGAAGUUGACUUUGAUUAAUUCAGUGAAGGGUAUAGUGAAACAAAUAAUUUCUUUGAUGCAUUCAUGGGAGGCAACAGAAAACUAUGGAACAUACCAGCACAAGCAAAUAGUUCCUGAAGUUUUACUGAAAACUGUUCCAAAGGAAUGGAAUUACACCCCUCGGGAAAUGAAGAGAAAAGAAUCUGGCAAAUGCUUCACAAGGCUUGCAGCUCAAGCAGUAUCUAUUGUAAUCAGCAAGUUACCUACAGUGAUUGCAUGUUUGCCUCCCCCAGUUAAAUACUUCUUUUUUCUGGCUGAGAGAAAAAUGUCAAGAAACUUUGCUGAAUUGAAGAAAGCUGGUCUGCUUGUCUGGAACUUGAUUGUAAUUAUAUGUCGGAUAUUUGAGGAUGGAAAUACUGCAGAAUUUUUAACAGGUGCAACACUUGACAGAUGGAGCAAAGAAAAACUCAGUUUAGUUCGUGUGUGCUUAGAAAGUAUUAUGGGAAAACAGAAAAGUGGUCCUAAGCAGGUGACCCAGAAGAUUAUACAAAGCAUUGAGCAGCAAAGACCAAACUGGAUUGAGAGCCAGUUGCUGAAGGCAAGAAAAUUGAGCAUAGACUGUGCCUCAGUCACAGUUAAAGGUGCAACAUUAGAGGAAGGAGGUAUUGCGCUUGGAUUGUCUGAGCAUAAUAUGAACAUGAUGGUCCUGGAUAUCUGCCACAAACCAGGUGGUAGUGAGUACCUGAGGCAAAUUUAUCACAUCAUCCGGCUCAAUGAGGAAUAUUUGAAAGAGCAGCUGUCUUGUGAGAAUUCUUCUGAAGAUGGUGUCACCUCGAGUCAAUAUCUGCCUUUGACGCUGAAGGGCAGAGAAGAGCAGCCUGUCUUCAACCCUUUCCAGGUGUACAGACAAUCUUAUGCAAAAGUAUUCAAUCAGUCAGCCAUUACUGAAUGGAGCUGGGAUUGGUCAAGCUUGCUGCCAGGUCACUUGGGACUGAAUCAGAUGGCCUUCAAGGUGCUGCUGUCACACAGGUGGGAGAUGAAAGAAGAUGCAGAUCUUGAAGAUGAGGAGCACAUUAUGGUAGAACACUUAAGAAAUGUUUAUUUGACACAAAGGACUCCUGUCUCAGAGGACAAAGAAGAACAAUUACCUUGACAGAUUUCGGGUAGCACCUUUCUUCUGUAUUCAAAAAGAUUAAGUUAAUGUCAUAACUCAUAGCAUUAGAAAGCUCAGAAAUAUCUUGAGUAAAAAGUUUUAAAUUAGAGAGUGUUCCCUUGUUAUUGUCUGGUCACCCUAUCCAGAAAGCAAUUGUUCACAUAUGCAUAAGGUGAGGAACAGUACAGGAAAAUGUCAGUGUCACAAACAAGGAGGUUGUAUCUCAGUACUGCAGAGGCAAAAACCUGAAUGACAAACUAAGAAUUGUUUCAAAAAUACAAGAUUCACUCUGAAAAUAAUGCAAUUUAGGACACAAGCUAAAAAAAUGUUUCUGGUUUCCAUUCACCACUUUGGAGUCAGCCUGCCCUCAGUUUGUGUAACUCAAGGACCUUUUCCUUCCUUUGAUGCUUGUUUGUUACAUCACAAAAUACAUGAAAGGGAAAGGUAUAGACUAUAUAGCUACAGUCCUUUUUGAGUUGCUCCAGGAUGAGUAUGCUUGGCCAUUGUUCCAAAUCAAAAAUGCAUCAGCAUUACUGCAUUCACAAAUACUUACUCAACAUCCAGUGUAUUUUAUGGCUUAAAAAACACUGGAUUUCUCAUAAUAGAGAAAUUUUAGAAGUUUUGAGAAGCAUAUUUUUAUUUAAAAUAAUUAUUUGCAUGCAGUGCUCACAGGAUUAUCUUAAAAGUGAAUUGAGAAAAUAAUAAAUAAUUAAAAAAAUAAAUAAGGUAAAAUUUCAUAUUCAAA